GUCGCUUUGGUGUUUUGACGUCGUAGUAAUUUUUUGCGGCGCUAUUUGUAACGGUGUUUUUUGUUACACGAUAAGUUCUGUAAAAAUAUUGAAAUAUGUCUCUUGAUAUAUCUGCAAUAGGUGCUCAAAAAGUUAAAAGCGUUGCUAAUGGCGAGUCUAGAGAGUUGAAGAGCUUUUGGGAAGAGCAAAAUGUUGCUAUAAUCUUCUUUCGUCGAUGGGGGUGUACAUUGUGCAGGCUGUGGGCCAAAGAGCUAGGUGAAAUAGCUCCUGUUUUAGAAAAGCACAAUGUGAAGCUAGUAGGCGUUGGUGUGGAGGAGGUUGGCUCCAAGGAGUUUGUCGAUGGCAAUUACUUUGAUGGAGAUCUGUACUAUGUUGAGAAUCUAUCAACAUAUCAAUCUCUGGGAUUUAAGAGGUUCAAUGUGAUAACUAUCCUCACUUCACUCCUGUGGAAACAGUCUCGUGAGGCCUUAUCGAAGGGCAGAUCGAUGGCACUAGGUGGCGACUUGAAAGGUGAUUGGGUGCAGACGGGUGGAGCGUUGCUAGUAGAGAAAGGAGGUAAAGUGUUGACACACUUUGUACAGACUGGGCCUGGGGACCGUUUGCCUAAUCUGGAAAUUCUUAAGCACUUCGGCUUGGAAAAUGAAUAUAAAGCCGAGGUUACUGGGAAUAAGAAAUCGGAACCUAUUGAAGAAUCUGCCACAGAGGCGCAGCCCUAGGCGUUGGCUGAAGACUCUCGAGUAUCACUCCCUCGCACCGAUACACACUAUAUGGACGGAGAGAAGAUGUAAACACUCCAAAGUGUAGUCUAUUGCUGGCUUCAUGCACCAUGUCUCGUUUAUUUGUAAUUAUAGUCUGUUGGCAGAGAGCUGAUAAAAAAAAAAAGAGAAUAAGUCGGGGUUGCUUAGCUCAUUCCAAGUUGCGGCCCGCUAAUAUUAUUUUUACAGAUGAAUGAUAG